CAUUUAUUGACAUGUUGAGUUAGCUCUUUCAGUGUAAACCUACUCUCGAGAAAAAACAGAGAGCUUCAAAGAGACAUCAUCAAUGGAGUUUGACCUCGAAAACCCAUUGCCGAUUUGCCAUCCCUCCGACACCACCGUUUACCUAUUCAACGUAGAAUCCGAUCACAUGCCUGCCGCCACGUAUCAUCACACCCUCGUUUCCGCCGCAGAUUUUCACUUCUCCGUUCGCCGCGAAACCAUCUCUCUCAUUCUUCAUCUCUCCCGCCGCUACGACGCCGUCACUUGCUACCUCGCCGUCAACUACGUCGACCGCUUCCUCUCCUUCCAUCCCUUACCGGAAGGGAAGCCAUGGAUCCUGAAGCUUGUUGCAGUUUCUUGUGUUAUUUUGGCUUUGAAGAUGAGAAAAACAGAGUUUUCAGUUUCUGAUAUUCAGCAAGACAUUGGUGUGAUAUUUGAUUUAGAAACAAUUGAGAGAAUGGAGAUGUUGAUUCUGGGAACAUUAAAAUGGCGAAUGAGGUCGGUGACUCCAUUCUGUUUCCUUAAUUUCUUCAUCGCAUUCUUCAAAUUCAAAGAGCCACCAUUGCGGCAAGCUCUCAAGGCCAGGGCGACAGAGAUCAUCUUCAAAUCGCAAACUGAAAUCAAUUUACUGAAGUUCAGGCCAUCUAUAAUCUCUGCAUCAGCUCUUCUCUCCGCCUGCGAUGAACUCUUCCCCCUACAGUUUCAUUGCUACAGAAAUGCAAUCUUAAACAGUCCAUAUGUAAAUACUGAAAAUUUGGUAAGCUGUUACAAUGUGAUGCAAGAGAUUGCAAGGAAGGGGUAUGAGACAGUGAUGCAGAGCAAUAUGGUAUCGAGCUCGUCGACGCCGGUGAACGUUCUUGAUUUGCAAUGCUGGAGUUGGGAAAACGAGGAGGGGAGCGACACGACGGCGGCAGCAGGUGCAGAAAACAGUGGGUGCAGUGGCGGGGUGGUGGUGGCCACCGUGGGGCGCGAAAGGGACUUGAAACGGCGAAAAUUUGAUCGGUUCAGCCUGGGCAGAUGCAACAAAAAUGGUAGCAGCAGCAACAGCAGCAGCUAAGAUGAGGUGGUACAUAGAGACAGACCCCACAACGCCUUAGAGAGCGACCCUAGACUGGAAUUUCAUCAAACACCUUAAAAGCAUUCCAAAAUAAUUCAAAGAAACAAAAAGAAAAAGAGAGGAAAAAAAAAGAGGGAGAUGGAGAUGGAGAUGGAGCUUUAAUCUUAGGGACUGAAUUGAAUCUCAUAGGCCAAAGGGCAGAGACCAUUAAACCCUUUCGGUGUUUUUUGGCUUUGGAUGUUUGGAGGCCUGUUUGGUUGGUGACUUUACUAUUUAUCACUCUGGAAAAGAGCAGAAAGUUGAGGAAAAAAAUAUUAUUUAAGAAAUGCAAAGAA